UCCAGCACUUCCUGCUGUGACUGUGCUGUGGAAUUUAGGCACAGAUGUUUGGAUUCUACUUAUUUCAUGCCAACAAUGAACAAGGGGAGGUGUAAUAUCAACAGCGCCAGGUUUCUCUCAGUGACGUAGUGGUUAUAGAAGUGCGUCUAGAAUUUCUAAAAGUCACCUGCCAUGGACAGAGUUUAAACCUAAGUAUACUUGGGUGGAAAAAUGCCAGUAGAGAAACAGCCGCAACCAUAUGGUGUCAACCGAGUUGAUUCUUCCACAGAAACUUCCACUCUGUCAUCAGCUGUCGCACCUGGAGGGUCAAACAGUCCAUGGUAUGGUCAUUAUGCCACUGGAAGAGGCGAACCACUGGCAGCUCAUCUCUAUGCUGCCCCAUCCAUGCAACAGUACAUAGUCACUCCUCCAUACCUUACUGAGGCCUCCUCUGCUCCACAGCGUGCACCACAUCCUACAACUCAAAUAUCAUCACCCCCUCCAGUGUCAACCCAGCCAAAAUCUUGGCACAAUUCCCAAUAUUCUACUGAGACAGACAAGGAACCAAGACCAUGGAAUUCUGGAAUGUGCCAAUGUUGUGAUGGCACCAAUGCCUGUUGUGCAAUUUGUUGCUGCCUGGUGUGUUUUGAAUGCUGGAUGGCAGACAGGAUGAAGGAGGGUUGCUGUAUGCCGUGGUGCGUUCCUUUCUCUACAAUGUCUCUCAGGUUAAAGAUGAGGAUGAUGUACAAUAUACAGGGCUCAAUACUGGGGGAUUUCUGUGCUUCUUUAUUCUGUAAGCCGUGCAUUUUGUGUCAAAUGAAACGGGAGCUUGAUCAUAUGGAGGCCGAAGAGGAAAGGUUGCAGAUGAGAAGGGAGAGAGCUGUUAGUGCACUAUAACACUGAACAGAUCUAUAUUGUUUUUAUAACAGUUGUAAUAUAAGCUGACAGAUUUAUAUAGUUUUAUGUUGAUAAUUGUUUAUAUCUUAGCAUGAGAUAUUUAGUAGCUAAGACUUGGAACACAUUUUAGCGAUCUGCCAAAUAUAUUAAUAUUUCAAAUAUAAAAAUUGCAAUAUCGACAGAUUUUCAACAAAUAAAAAGAGAAGUUUUUAUGAAUAUGCAUUUUUUAAAGGUUUCUCGCAUCUGAUCCAGUGUUUGAUUAGAAAAAAUAUUGUUUUAAAGCAUUCUGUUUAAUCAUGUGCUGGGUUAUGCAAUGUGAUGCUACUCUUGAACGUAAAACAAUCGUUUGUAAUCAAUGGUUGGUGAAUCUCUAAACAGAAGUGAACAAGAUGGAUUUUCAUUUGAGGGAACUCUUUUUGUCCAACAUAUUUCUCCACAUUCAGCACAGUGUGGUAAUAGAAAAAUUGAGUAACAAUUGUGCAUCAUUUGAAUUUUCCAAUGAAUUCUGAGUAAAUAAUCAAUGGAGCCAAUUAUAUUAGUAGUGUUGGAGGUUAGUAUAACAUAGAAUUUGGCAACCAAUACUUUGUUGUAAGAUUUAAUCACAAGAAACUGCUAGCUUCAGCAAUGUACUUGAGGUGAUUUGCUAGAUUAAGGUAUUGAUCUCUUAUGUAAUGUGCAUGGGCUUAUAAACCUUAUUUCGGCAAGUUUUUCCAAGCAGAAUAAAUAAGAUUGAUGAAACAGGAGGAUCAAACAAUCUUGACAUCAACCUAAAUAUGCUUGUUUUAUCACAUUUAGAAAAAUCCUACAUUUAAGGUAUUGUAUUUUUAUCUACACCGUUUUUACUGAAAUCCCAUUUUGUUGUAUGUAUUUAAUGCUACUAGAAUUGUAUAUUUGUUCUUCAAUAUUGUAAGUUCAAUACCAUUACCAACAAGCUUCCCACACUUUGCUGUUAAGGGAUGGUACUGGUACAGGUGUUUACUUGAACAUGUCAUUUGCUGCUUAAAAUAAGCACUCCACUGUUAAGAGCAUAUUAGUGUGAAUGCACAGAUUAUUUCCAUGCUGGUUUUUUUGGUGCUUUUUGUAAACCUUCAUGGCAUGUUAUAAAAAAUAACAUUGUGUUUAUUUAAAAUAUUUUAUUGUAUCAAAGAAAAUAAAAAAUAUUCUUAAGCAAAAUGCCUGAUAUUUACCACUAAAGUAGUUUAACAUUUCCUUUUAAUUUUCCAUCUUAUAACGGCACCACUGAAAAACUUAUGCAUGAAAACGUUUACGAAAACAGAAGAUUACUUCGACCUUACAAAGGGGGUUUGCAAGGUAAUAAAAUGAAUUUUAAAACAGUUCUCCUUAAAAGUUGACAUGUACGAGGCAGCACUUGGCCAUUUCUUUUAAAACUGUGAACUGUAAUUAAGAUCAAUGGCUGACAAAAAAAA